GCUACGCGGAUGUGUGUCGCCGGUCAAUCAUUUUCCUUUUCUAACACUCACUAACUGAGUUGGAUGUCUACGCUAUGCAAAUGCGUGUUGCGUGUCAAUCAUUUUCCUUUGUUAAAUACUCUCACUCUCACUCCAAUGUAAGAAAGAAGUAAGACAAAGGUCACGAGUUUAUUACAUUCACUAAUCUCCGGGCACGGUUUCAGAGAAAUGGGAGAAGAACGACAACAAAAACAGAGACAGACAUGCGCACAUUAACACCAACAACAACAACAAUUGGAAGAAACAAAGAGAGAAAGAACCUUUUGCUUUUCUCUUCACUCUCUCUCUCUCUCUCUCUGAAAAGAACUGAUUGAGAUUCUUUUCUCUCUGCCACCAUCAUCAUCUUCAUCAUCAUCUUCAUUCUUCUUUUUAUCCUUUUCCAGAGAUCGUGCUGCUUCUGCUUUCAGCUUCUUCCCUCUCACUCUGUUGUUAGCGUAUGCAGGGUGAGAUGGGUAUUCAAUGGCGAUGCUGAGAAUGGCUCAGCCUCAACAGCAUAACAAUGACAGCAGUUUGAGCCAACAACACUUGGUCCUCCAUGAUUUUCUGGGCAUGAAGCCCUCUGAUGCUUCCCCUGAUGUUAGGUUAUCGGAGGUGACGCUUGCCGCCGCCGCCUCUUCCGCCGCUGCACGUGGUCCCUUUUCCUCCACCUCUGACACCGCUUCUGAAAAACAGGUAAGUAAUCAUCUCGAGGGAGUUCCGUACUAUGGCCCGAGGGGUGAUUUUUCUGGCACCGAGAUAAGUAAUAGACUGGUGGGAAACAAGAGAAGCAAUUCCGAUUCUACUUUUAUGGGUUCCUCCAGAGAUGCCUUCCAAAUGGUCCCUGAUUCCUUCCAAAACUCCCAUUUGAUGAAGGUUUUCCGGAAUUCGGCUGGCGGAGAUAAGUCUAGAAGGCCCAAUGAUGAUGACGGGUUACUUGGUAUGCCUUCACUGAAGCCAUCUUCUGCUUCUCAGAUAUUUCAGCCUCCCACCAGCACCAGGAUUGAUGCUAGCAAAUGGGAACGAUCUAUUCUCAUGAACAUUGGCUCUUCCGUGCAACAUCCACUGCGUGGAGGGCAAUUGACACCUUAUGCACACCAAAUGGCUUCAAACAGGAUAAGGGAUACCAAUGCUGGUCCUUCCUAUAUCUCUCAGUCAGCUGCUGAUGAAGGAUCAAGAACUGGAAUGAAGGGCCCUGGAAUCUUAAGUUCUGUAAAUACAACUGCUACUGCAGCCGAGAAAACUCCAUCCACAGUGCUGCUUGGUGUAAGCAGGCCAAAGCCUCUACCUAAUUUAAUAGAAUCAUCGACACCUCCAAGCAGUCAACAUGGGCUGACAUCUGCCAGCCGUCAGAUGACUAUUUUUUAUGGAGGUCAAGCUCAUGUUUUUGAUGAUGUCCACCCUCAUAAGGCGGAUGUUAUAAUGGCUUUGGCUGGGUCAAAUGGUGGAUCUUGGUCCACAGCGUUCUCGCCAAAAUCUACUGUAAAGCUGGUUAAUGAUAGUAACUUACAUAGUGGAGAAAAUGAAACUGGUAUGAUAAGUAAUGUGCCAUUCCCACAGGAAAUUCAUGGGAAAUUGUGUAUUACCGGAAGUUCUAGCCAUGCUGGGCUUGGUGAUCGAGUAUCUACACCAGCAGGGGCACACCAAGGAAGCAUAUUUGCUAAAGAUACAAGAAAUCCGGGUCAACCAGUGGAUCACAGUUCUGAAGACAAAAGAGCACAUUGAAUAGAGAGUUUGAGGCUGAGAGGUUUUUCUGUUUCUUCUAUAAAUUCGAAGGCUUAAGAGCUUCUCUUAUUCUGGUUAUUGCUGGAUGUCAUAUCAUUCCUCUUUGUCAAAUUUUCUCCUGAUCUUUCAACAACCCAAAAUUUGUUAUCUUAUUUUUUUGUACAAUAUAUGUUAGGAGCAAGAGUAUGAUCAUGAUGAUUGUUUAAAAGGCCUAACAGAUAUAUUAGCUAAGUUUAUGAAGUGUUUCCAUUUUUCAA